AUGAAGGCCACGGAUAAGCAACAUCUGUUGGACGCCUUGCCCAGAGCCCGAUCUUACAUGGGAUCUCUGCCGCAGGAUGGGGCUGGCUGGAUUUCUGUGUCCCCACCUGAGUCGGACUUGCCAUCCAUUGAGCUGGCUGUGGAGAGCAACCACUACUGUCACUCCCAGAAGGGUCCUGGCAGUCACCAUGACCCCAAGAAGGAGAAGGCCCGUCGUCAGCUCUAUGUAGCUUCUGCCAUUUGCCUGAUGUUCAUAAUUGGGGAAGUCAUUGAGAUCCUGGGAGCCCUGCUGUCUGUGCUGUCCAUCUGGGUCGUGACUGGGGUACUGGUGUACCUGGCGGUGGAGCGGCUGAUCUCUGGGGACUAUGAGAUCGAGGGGAAGACCAUGCUGAUAACGGCAGGCUGUGCUGUGGCCGUGAACGUCAUAAUGGGGUUGACUCUUCACCAGUCUGGCCAUGGGCACAGUCACAGCCAUGGGCAUAGCCAUGUCACCAGCCAGCAGCAGAACCCCAGUGUCCGAGCUGCCUUUAUCCAUGUGAUAGGAGACUUGCUGCAGAGCUUGGGUGUCCUGGUGGCGGCCUAUAUUUUAUACUUCAAGCCAGAGUACAAAUACAUAGACCCCAUCUGCACCUUCCUCUUCUCCAUCCUGGUCCUGGGGACAACCUUGAACAUCCUGAGAGACGUGAUCCUGGUGCUAAUGGAAGGGACCCCCAAGGGCGUGGACUUCACUGCUGUUCAGGAUCUGCUGCUGUCGGUGGAGGGGGUGGAAGCCUUGCACAGCCUGCAUAUCUGGGCACUGACUGUGGCCCAGCCUGUGCUGUCUGUCCACAUCGCCAUCGCUCAGAACACAGAUGCCCAGGCUGUGCUGAAGGCCGUCAGCACCCGCCUACAGGGGAAGUUCCAUUUCCACACCAUGACCAUCCAGAUCGAGGACUACUCUGAGGACAUGAAGGACUGUCAGGCAUGCCAAGGCCCCUCGGACUAACUGCCAGGCCUGGUGCCAACUGGGGCAUGGACAGGACCUGCAGAUGGCGGGGUCCAGUUGUCUCCCAGGCCCAGCCAGGACUCUAUUUACCAUGGCUGUGAUAUAAACCAGAUCCCUCUCCUGACCCUUACUCCAGGAAUGGGGCUCUUCCCUGCCUCCCCCAUCUGACUAUAGCCAGCCCCAGGAUGGGGACUCAGCAGGUGUAAAGCUAGUAUGAUCC